UGAGCAAUUCUUUAUGGAUAUUUAAGAGUUUUACUGUAUAGCAACCAAUCCAAGUGAAUUAAGGAGCAUACUAGAUUGGCCAUCAUGGUGGGAUUAUUGAUCCUAAUGGAGGCUAUAGUGCUGUAGUCCUUGGGAGAGUUAGCACCAUCUUCACUUGGGAGAGGCAAAACCAUGGGGGGAUAUGCCUUGCACUUGGCCGUUGGAAUAAUGGGAAACGCAACUUCUUUGCUACUAUUUGCAGCACCAAUAUUAACUUUCAAAAGGGUCAUAAGGAAGAGAAGCACUGAAGAGUACUCAUGUGUCCCUUACAUUGUUGCUUUGUUCAAUUGUUUCUUGUACACAUGGUAUGGUUUGCCUGUAGUGAGCAACAAGUGGGAAAAUUUCCCUCUAGUCACCAUUAAUGGCCUUGGAGUUCUUAUGGAGUCCACCUUUAUCUUCAUCUACUUCUGGUUUGCUUCUGCAAAGGGCAAGAAGGUGGUUGCUUUGGUAGCUGUACCUGUGAUAACAGCAAUUUGCAUCACCGCAUUAGUAUCUACAUUUGCAUUCCAUAGCCAUCGUCAACGUAAGGUGUUUGUUGGGAGCGUUGGACUCGUGGCCUGUGUUGGCAUGUAUGGCUCUCCACUGGUUGCUGCGAAUAAAGUGAUGAAGACGAAGAGCGUGGAAUUCAUGCCGUUCUACUUAUCCCUCUUCUCAUUCUUGGCUAGUUUACUUUGGAUGACAUAUGGUUUACUAAGUCAUGAUCUUUUCCUUACGUGUCCGAACCUCAUUGGAUGUCCAUUGGGUAUCUUCCAGCUGAUGCUAUACUUCAUGUACCGGAAGAAGGGAAUCAAAGCAGAACCAAUCAAGAUGGACAUAGAAUCCAAUGGAUCAGUAGAACUCAAAACUCCCCAACCUGCAAUCAAUGGCACCAAUGGAAAGAUCUAAUAAGAACUGUUGGGUCCUGUUUCCCUUUCAGAGGUUAAGGAAUUUAGUAUCAAGACUUCCUCUUUUAUCUGCUCUCUCCCCGGAAAGCACCAAUGGAGACAGGCACGCAGAUAACAGAUAUACUAUGUUUCUUCUUAUUUGAUUUUCUGGCAGUCUCCCUAUUAGUAGCGAACAUGAUGAGACCAAAUAAGAAGAAAAAAUGUAAUAGGGCUUUGGGUGUAUUUUUAAUUGAGCGAAGGGCCCGUUUGAUUUUGUUUUUUGAAACGUAUUUUUCCCUUUUUCUGUGUUAAGAAAUAGAUAAACACUUUAAAAACCGUUUGAUUUUUCUGUUUC